AUGCAAGUUGAGCACACGGUGCAAAAGAAAGCUUUCUGCAACGAGGCGGUGAUGCUGGACUGGAUUGAACGCGUAAGAGUCACACAGACGAGAUACCUUAACUUUUCCGCUGGCACCAUAGGGUUUUUCGGUGCACUCAUGGCGUUUCUCAGCAUUCACGAUCUACUGGGCAGCGCACACUCAAACCACGGUUCUGUGGGUGCUUGGCGCGCUUCACACCCACCGUGA